GUCUCAGCGGCGGUGGCAGCCGAGGUGCAGGAUGCGAGAAGGCGCCCCCCGGCCGGGCUCCCGCUCCAGGCCUCACACCCUUGCGGCCCUCUGAGCCCACCAUGGCCGUCCCACCAGGCCAUGGUCCCUUCUCUGGCUUUCCGGAGCCCCAGGAACACACACAGGUAUUGCCUGAUGUGCGGCUACUUCCUCGGAGACUGCCCCUGGCCUUCCGGGACGCAACCUCAGCCCCGCUGCGCAAGCUCUCAGUGGACCUCAUCAAGACCUACAAGCACAUCAAUGAGGUAUACUAUGCGAAGAAGAAGCGGCGGGCCCAACAGGCGCCACCCCAGGACUCGAGCACCAAAAAGGAGAAGAAGGUCCUGAACCACGGUUAUGACGACGACAACCACGACUACAUUGUGCGCAGUGGCGAGCGCUGGCUGGAGCGCUAUGAGAUUGACUCUCUUAUUGGCAAAGGCUCCUUUGGCCAGGUGGUGAAAGCCUAUGAUCACCAGACCCAGGAGCUGGUGGCCAUCAAGAUCAUCAAAAACAAAAAGGCCUUCCUGAACCAGGCACAGAUUGAGCUGCGGUUGCUGGAGCUGAUGAACCAGCAUGACACAGAGAUGAAGUACUACAUAGUGCACCUGAAGCGGCACUUCAUGUUUCGAAAUCAUCUGUGCCUGGUGUUUGAGCUGCUGUCCUACAACCUGUACGACCUCCUGCGCAACACACACUUCCGCGGUGUCUCUCUGAACCUGACCCGGAAGCUGGCGCAGCAGCUCUGCACCGCGCUGCUCUUUCUGGCCACGCCCGAGCUCAGCAUCAUCCACUGCGACCUCAAGCCCGAGAACAUCCUGCUCUGCAAUCCUAAGCGCAGUGCCAUCAAGAUCGUGGACUUUGGCAGCUCCUGUCAGCUUGGCCAGCGGAUCUACCAGUACAUCCAGAGCCGCUUCUACCGUUCCCCCGAGGUGCUCCUGGGCACACCCUAUGACCUGGCCAUCGACAUGUGGUCCCUGGGCUGCAUCCUUGUGGAGAUGCACACCGGAGAGCCCCUCUUCAGCGGCUCCAAUGAGGUGGACCAGAUGAGCCGCAUUGUCGAGGUGUUGGGCAUCCCGCCCGCGCCCAUGCUGGAACAGGCACCCAAGGCUCGCAAGUACUUUGAGCGGCUGCCUGGGGGCGGCUGGACCCUACGAAGGACAAAGGAACUCAGGAAGACGAGGCCACCAACACGGGCCCGGCAGGCAGCAGUGCCUCCACCUCGCCCGCACCCCUCGACACCUGCCCCUCCUCUAGCACCGCCAGCUCCAUCUCCAGCUCUGGAGGCUCCAGUGGCUCCUCCAGUGACAACAGGGCCUACCGCUACAGCAACCGAUAUUGUGGGGGACCUGGGCCCCCCAUCACCGACUGUGAGAUGAACAGCCCCCAGGUUAUACCCUCCCAGCCUCUGCGCCCCUGGGCAGGGGGUGAUGUGCCCCACAAGACACAUCAAGCCCCUACCUCUGCCUCGACAUUGCCAGGGACUGGGGCCCAGUUACUCCCUCAACCCCGAUGCCUUGGACGUCCCGCAUCGCCAACGUCACCACCACCCCCGGAGCUGAUGGAUGUGAGCCUGGUGGGCAGCCCUCCAGACUGCUCCCCACCUCAUCCAGCACCUGCCCCCCAGCACCCGGCUGCCUCAUCACUCCGGACUCGGAUGACGGGAGGUCGACCACCUCUCCCACCCCCGGAUGACCCUGCCACUCUAGGGCCUCGCCUGAGCCUCCACGGUGUACCCCAGAGCACAGCAGCCAGCUCAUGACCCUGCCCCCUCCCUGGGGCCCCUCCUGAAGCCAUACCCCCUCCCCCCAUCUGGGGGCCCUAGGCUCCCAUCCUCAUCUCUCCCCUUGACUGGACUUGCUGCUACCCAGCUGGGGUGGGUGAGGCCUGCACUGAUUGGGGCCCAGGGCAGGGGGUCAAGGGAGAGGGGUUUUGGCCACGCCCUCCCCACUAAGACUGGACCCUUGGCCCCCUCUCCUCCCUUGUUUUCUAUUUAUUGUACCAAAGACAGUGGUGGUCCGGUAGAGGGGGAGAUUCCCCCUCACCCCAGGACCCUAGGAGGGGGUGGGGGCAGGUAGGGGGAGAUGGCCUUGCUCCUCCUUGCUGUACCCCCCAGUAAAGAGCUUUCUCACA